AUGUCUGCCCUUACAGAGCAUGAUUUGUAUUGUUUUGCACAGAAUCAAUAUUUCUUAUCACUUCUGCUUGGAUUGUACUCGACACUGAGAAGGCACAGGGCAUCGGCAGAAGAUUUGAAGACUUGGGAUUGGGCAAAAGAUCAGAACUUAUACUGCAGACCAGCUGUCGGUGUCCUGACUAAUGCCGAGGGAAGUGGCCCUACAAAGUCUGGCCUGUUAAAGAUAGGUUCCACAUUGACGAUAAAUUCUGUACGUAAGGAAGAUGUUGAAAGAACCUUCAUUUGUAUUUUAGCUUCCACUCAGAAGAUUAGUAUUUUAGCUUCCACUCAGAAGAUUGAUGGUCAAAUGUUCAAAAAAGUAGUCAGGAUUUUCAAGAAAGACAAACCACUGUCACCACUUGGACUAGGUUUUACAUUUGGAGUCCCUGUAUUUGCAGUAGUGAUUCUUGUAUUGAUAUAUCUUCUUCGCACUUUAUAUGGACCCCAGAUUCAGCUAUUUUGUUGCAGUAGAAUCAAAUUUUGUGGUCCCAAAGCUAUUGACAAUGAUGAGUACAGUUACAACUUGUUUAUAUACCAUGCUGAAGAUGAUGAGACUAUGGCUCAGAACAUCAAACAGUUCCUCUCUGAUAAAGGAUACAAAGUUUUUAUUGCUGCAGAUAUUGAGGGAAAUGAAAAUAUUAUGCACAAAGUCUUUGAAAAAACUGAACAUAGUGCAUUAGUAGUCUUCUUGUAUUCCAAAGAUUUAAGGGAAGAUGACUUAGCAAAUUUCUUCCUGCAGUCAAUGAUCCGUUCAAGAAAGGGAAAAAGAAUUUUGAUUCUUGAAGUUGAAGCCUACAAACCAAAACAGAUACGACAGUGGCAUAAAAAACAUGCAGAAAAUAUCAGGGUUCUGCAUGAACAAUAUAUCAAUGAACAAGACAGAAACAUUGAAAUAGGUACUGAUGUUUCAGAAGAAAUGGGGGAUGAUCUGCAGUUUUGGAAAAUUCUUCCAAGCAUUAAAGUGCCCAACCUUGAUCAGAAAGGAAGAAAACUGAGAAAUUUUAGGUGUGCCCUUCAAAACAAAAUUCCGAAAUUUGAUCAUCAAAAACAAAGAAAAGGAAUGGAACAGCAAAUUGAACAAAGACAUUCUUCAAGUGAGAGACCUUUAUUGUAUAGCACUAGUGAAAGUGAAACUUUAACACCACAAUGUAUUACAAAUAACGCUGGAGAAUUUAGUCCAUCUAGUAAUGAAGUUUUCACUUUUGAGCAGGAAACAAAUUUAAGUGGACAUGAUAAAAUUAUUGAUGAUAACAGAAAAGCAUUAGCAUCAAGUACAAAUGAUAUAAGAAGUGAUAACUGUGAUGUAAGAGGUGAGCUUUCAGGAGACAGAGGUAAUGAUUUAAUACAUGCAGUUGUUUGUAAUAAUCAUGAAAAUCAUGAAUACAGUGUGUUGAUGUUUAUUAUAAAAAUAAUGUUAUAUGAUAUAGACAUCUAUGAUGUUAUGAUUUGUAAAACUUGUUGAUCACUUUGCUUCAUUAAAACCAUUUCCCUUUUCAUUUGUUUAUAAUGAUAUAUUUUUUUAUUUUUUCAAGAACCAAAUUAAAAGAUGGCAGACUAAUGAUGAUACAAUGAGAAAAACUUAUUUUGAACAGAACUUAUUUUAGUUAUCUUUUAACCUAGUAUUAAUGGGUAAAAUUAGGAUAAUUAUAGAGUGAUGCAGUCACUGUGAAAAACUGUUAUCAUAUAGUACAAGUUAAACAAGCUAGUGAUAUACUUUACAAAUAUUGAAAAUUAUUCAAACUGUUGGCUUUAUGCAGUUGGUAAGGAUGUUUUCUGUUUAAAAAGGAAUGUUCUGGGCUGUUUUUUUUUUUAGCAAAAUUGAUAUUUAAUAUGUUAACCUUGUAUUUUUCUCUUGAAAGGUUUAUAAAAGUGUUUUAUUAAUCCCCUACCGUUUUAACUGGAGGGGACUUUAGGUUUAUCUUCUGUCUGUCAGUCCGUCCACAAAACUAGAUCCUGUGAUAACACAAAAAGUACUGAAAAAUGUUUUUCUUAAACUUGAUAUAUGGAUAAAUGGCAGGCAGGAGAUUAUAACUUCUUUAUUGUGCCCCGACUUUAGGGGGGACGUCCUUCAGUACAUCCGUCCGUUCUCUUUUGUGUCACACGUAGCUCAAAAAGUAUUUGACCUAGAGUCAUGAACCUUUACAGGAAUGUUGACCAGUAUGUGUAGUUGUGCACCUGGGUAUUUUCAUGUGGAUUUAUUUAGUAUUUUUAGAGUUAUUGCUCUUGACUUAGUAAAAAUUUACAAUUUUCAACUUGUGUUGCAUGUAACUCAUAAAGUAUUUGACAUAGGGUCAUGAAACUUUACGGGAAUGUUGAUCAGCAUGUGAAGUUGUGCACCUGGGGUUUCACUUGUGAAUUUAUAUGUUUUGUCAGAGUUACUGCCCUUGACUUAGUGAAAAUUUGCAAUUCUCUGAGUUUGUGUCGUGUGUAGCUCAAAAUGUAUUUAACCUUGAGUCAUGAAACUUAACAGGAAUGUUGGUCAUCAUGUGUAGUUGUGCACUGUGGAUUUAUCCAGAAUUUGUAGAGUUAUUGCCCUUGACUUUGUAAAAACUGUUUCAUUAUGUUGUGUUAUUUGUUCCUUGUGUGCUUAAGUUAGAAUCAACCAACUGUACAGGAAUAAUGAUCAACAUCACUGUGAAGCUAUGCACCUGGGACUUUGCAUGUGAGUUUUUUUAGUUUUGUUAGAGUUAUUGCCCUUGACUUACAGAAGUAGAAAUUUAUAAUUUCAACUUGUUCAUGCAUAGCUCAAAAAGUAUUUGACCUGUAAGCCUGAAAGUUUACAAGAAUGUUGGUCAGCAUGUGUUCUUAUGCACCUUAGGGUUCGCUUGUGGAUUUAUUCAGUAUUUGUAAAGGUCUUGCCCUUUACUUAGUACAAGAUUUUUAGUUUUCAUUUUGUGGCACAUGUAGCCCAAAAAAUAUUUGACCUAGAGUCAUAAGAUUGACAAAACAGUGGAGUGUGGGGGCACCUGUGUCCUAUGGACACAUUUCUAGUUUCUUAAUGUAUCUACUUCAGACUUCAAAUAUAUGUUUCUUAUUUUACCUGUUUAUCAGUCUGUCUUCCCUAAAAACUGUUUCCUUAGAUCACUGUUAAAGAACUUGGAAUUUUUCCAAUAAAUACUUGAGAAAAGUUGAAACAUUACUUAUACAUAUUCAUCCUGAGAAAAUUGUAUCUUUUGAUUAUUUGUUGUAUAAACAUACUUUCCUUACUAGGCAUGAAAGCUUAACACAUUAUUAUGAUACAGACAAACUAAGAACUCAAUAGAUUUAAGUUCAUUCAUAUCUCCCACAAUGACAUUAUUGAAUGGCCAAUGGCCCUUGAGAAUGUUGCUGGGGUUCUAACUUAUAGGGGACUUUUAUAUUGCUUGCAAUACUAUGAUAAUUGCUUGUUUGUUUUACAUUUUAUGUAUUAUAUAUUAUUUAAUAUCAGUUGAUAAUUGUCUUAUUUCUCUUUUUUUUGACAAAUUUAUAUUACUGCAUUACAUUUAUUUCAUUUUGUAAUUCAAAAUAUGCAUGUAUUUGCUGUUUUUCUG